AUGCCCUCCCAACCCCCACUGCCGCCCCUCCUUACACCUUAUGUAUCAGCUCUCCCCGAGUCUUCUCUCACAGUGGUUUCCUCCAUAUUGGGGGCCACGUCAAAUUGGCUCGUCCUGAGAUUUCUGCAUGCGUCACUGAGUACGUCACCAAGUCCUAGUGCUUCAUUAGGGUUCGAUGACUUGCCCAAUGGCCACAAGAGGAAAGUCGUUCUUGUGAGCUUUUUGCGUGGAUGGGAGUUCUGGAAGGUCGAGGCAAAGCGAUUGGGUCUCGAUCUUGCACGCUUAUCAGACAAGCAUCAAUUUGCUUUUAUAGAUGGUCUCUCAGAGCUAUUUAGUGCCCCACAAACAGCAGCGCCUAUUCCUAGCAGGUCUCCUAUAAGCAUGGGGAACCCGGUACGCACAACAGUGCCAGUCCGGUCAUCACCGGGUGCCCUUCCCGGCCGCACGCCCCCAGUUUCAGCUGCACCAACUGUGAAUUCUGGGAAUACGACGGGCGGUCAGAAAGAGCCAGGAAUCGCCAAGAAGUUACAUUUCUCCGGACAGGGAACUGCAGCUCUGGCUGCUUUGGAGAAGGACAUCAUUUCGGUGAUCAAUCAGCAAAAAGCGUCCAUGGAAUCUGGGGAUGAACUGCUUUUAGUUGUUGACCAGCCAGAUUUUCUUCUUGCGGCAACUGGAUCUAACAUGGGCAUUGGUGCUACGGAGAUGGCUGAUUGGAUCACCAUGUUGCAGCAGCAAGUGCAUGCGACCGUUUUGACCUUGGCGGCAGAUUCCCCCUUGAUACAUAUGUCUACAUCUGGAAAUCAACUGUCUACACCUACAGAGACGGAGCAUGCGGGCUUUGCUAUCGGAAUGGCGCAUCGGGCUCAAUCGGUGAUGCAGCUACGAACCCUGGAAACCGGGGCCGCAAGAGAUGUCAGCGGGGUUCUGAGGAUCAGUCGAGGUGGGGGCUGGACUGCUGAACCGAAGGAAGCCCUGGACGAGAAGGAGUUGCUGUACUAUAUCCAGCGUGAUGGCGGGGUCCGAGUGUUUGGGCGUGGGGAAACUUAA